CGCAUUUCUUUUUUAAGUUGUGUUUUGAUGCAAAAUGCAUAGUACAUGUUUUCACUUAAAACUUCAGGCCAGGGGUUGUCAGUCCACCCCUUGGCUAUACCCCCAGUCUCCCCUUAGAAUGUUAGCAUCUUAGCAGAACUUAAAGAUCAUUUACUGUAUACGAACCAGGAAACUGAAGGUCCAAGGAGACUUGUGCUGAGCCAAGGUCCUUCUGCUUCAUUGCAUUAGAUUUAUAUCAGAGCGAGGAAAGGAGACUAAUGUUUAUUGCCUGCCAGAUAAGAGACAGGUACUCUGUCAUCUAAGCUGAUCCCAUUUUAUGAAUGGACAAACAGAGGCACAGAGAAGCGUGUGGUUUGGGUGGGUCAUGCAGUUGCUAAGACUCGGAUGGUGGUGUCCUCUGCUUCCCAGCCAGUGCCUCUGUGGUGCUGUGGACCCGCUCCCAGGACGCACAGGGCCCUCCUCCUCAGCUGUGGACAUGAACGUGUAGAGCAGGCUCUGCAACAUUGAUGUUUGUAGCGUUGCAGCUCAAUGGGUCACCACAUCUCCAGUGGACCAGUGUGUUCCAGCUUUCAGCCGAUGGAUGUUCUCAGGUUGACCUUGUCUCCAUGGGAGGCACUUGGCCCUGCUGAAAGCCCGUGUGCUUGGGUGGGUCUCUUGGGCUUUGGUAACAAACCAAAUUGAAAUCUCAGUUUUUAUGGGCCUUGAUGAAUAAUUAAUGUUGCAAACGAUGAAAAAAUUAGCCCUCAAAGUACAUUUUAAGUUACUUCAUUGGAACCAUUCACCAACUGGCAGCAAAGCUUAUUUGCAGACAGAGUUGUGCUGGGGCCGUGGCUCCAGUUGCAAUUAUGGGUGUGGAUGUAAUAUGUCCAAAGCAGGUCUCCGGACACGGGAACAGUGGUAGCCUGUACCGGAGAAUAAUUUCCUUUCAUGGGACAAGGAGAGAAGAGAUCCGGUGAGUAGGGCAGGGGUGAAAGACAGGGUGGAGGCAAGUCCUGGACUAAUGAGGAACGUGGCCCAGACACUGCUAGACUCUGAGGUUUCCUCAGAGACACAUCCUGGCAUUCACUUAUUCCUUCAGUGACUGUUCCCUGAGCAGCUGAGCAGGUACUGGGACAGGCUCCAGGCAAGCAAAGCUGACUCAGGCAUCAUCCCAGGAACCUGACUGAGGAAAGAGGGACGUGACCUAGUGAUGAAGAAGAAAUAUAACGGGGUGGUGGUAGGCUGAGGGUCACUGGGUUGGAGGGCACCUCACAGGAGGUAACGCUCAAACUGGGCUUUGUGAGCUGGAUUGGAGUUGACCGGAAGACUGUCUCAGGCAAUAGUGCGCCAUGUGGGUGGUUCUGCAGGGGCAGGAGGGAGGCUGAGGCCGGGCAAAUCAGGGUGGCCCCCAGGGGUGCGGAUGCUUGGCCUUAUUCCGCGGGUGUGGGCCCUAGGGGAUCUUCUUGUGCAGCUGCCCCAUUAGAAGGUGCGUACGUGUAGUUGGGGGGCUUUGGUGGCUCAGUGGUAAGAUUCUCGCCUUCCCUGAGGAGACCCAGAUUCGAUUCGUGGGCAGCCCCCACCGGUCCGUCGGCGGAGGUUUGUGUGUUGCUAGGUUGCUGAACAGGUUUCAGCGGAGCCUCCAGACUCAGACAGACUAGGAAGAAAGGCCUGGUGGUCUGCUUCUGAAACCAGCCAGGGAAGACCCUGCGGGUCGCAGCUGUCUGAUUCACGAUGACUGCGGGGACGGCGCAGGGUGUUCUCUUGUGCACGAGAUCGCUUUGCGUCGGGGGCUGACUUGACGGCCGCCAACAACGAAGUGUAGUUAGAGGGUGGGCUGCAGAGACAGGGUCCCCGGGUGGGACCUGUACACAAGGCAAAGCGAGAAUCGGAAAAGGUGGUCCCGCACACCCAAAACGCCCAAAAGGUUUUACACCAGUGACAGAAACUGUGCUGUGGCUCUCUACCAGCCUUACUGGUGUUCGAGCACUCAGGUUAGCACACUCUGGGGCCUUGGUUAUGUUUUUUGAGUUUAAUUUGACGUUUAUUAAAAGCCUCCAAACAGUGCCCUCUCUGUGAAUGUCCAUUUCCAUACUCCUGUCCUAACUCUGACACACAUAAGGUCUUAUUCACAUCCACUGGCUGGUCAAAUUAGAGAACUUUUCAAAGCUGCUUUUGACUUUCUUUGUCUGACAGUGCUCCAGGGGGGGAAAAGCCUGGAAGACAAGUGUGUUAAAGAACUGGUUGUUCUCAUGAGUAUUUGAGGAGGACAGUCUGAGUCAUUGUAGCUUUAUGCUGGUAUUUUAGUAUCCGAUUUAUUUUUAAAUAGCUCUGUGCAAGGAGAGUUUCUUCCGUGGUUUCUGUUGCCAUGGCUCCAUAAUAUUUCCUCCAAUCUGCUUGUUCAUACUUUCACACACUUCAGAAUCAGAUUUACAGUUCUGAGAAUCAGAAUAUCUUACUCAUUUGUCCAAGAUGUUUCUCCAGCUGCAAUAGCAUUUUUCUCCAAAUGGGAAGAGGCAGUUGUUUGACUGACUUGCAAACGCUGGGAAAAGAGAGGAUUUGUCUACAGUUUCUGAGCAUCCGAAGUUGGCCUCUGAAUCCCAGCAUACCCUGGUGCUGCCUCAGCCUUUGAAGAAAUGUCUGUCGCUUAUGAUGACUCCGUUGGAGUAGAAGUGUCCAGUGACAGCUUCUGGGAGGUCGGGAACUACAAGCGGACGGUGAAGCGGAUUGACGAUGGCCACCGGCUAUGCAGUGACCUCAUGAACUGCCUGCAUGAGCGGGCACGCAUUGAGAAGGCCUACGCCCAGCAGCUCACUGAGUGGGCCCGGCGCUGGAGGCAGCUCGUGGACAAGGGGCCGCAGUACGGGACAGUGGAGAAGGCCUGGAUAGCCGUCAUGGCUGAGGCCGAGAGAGUAAGCGAGCUGCACCUGGAAGUGAGAGCCUCGUUGAUGAACGAGGACGUCGAGAAGAUCAAGAAUUGGCAGAAGGAGUCCUUCCACAAGCAGAUGAUGGGAGGCUUCAAGGAGACCAAGGAAGCCGAGGACGGCUUCCGGAAGGCACAGAAGCCCUGGGCCAAGAAGCUGAAAGAGGUGGAUGCAGCAAAGAAAGCCUACCACGCCGCCUGCAAAGAGGAGAAGCUGGCCAUAUCGCGGGAGAGCAACAGCAAAGCCGACCCGUCCCUCAACCCCGAGCAGCUUAAGAAAUUGCAAGACAAAGUAGAGAGAUGCAAGCAAGAUGUUCUCAGGACCAAAGAGAAGUAUGAGAAGUCCCUGAAGGAGCUGGACCAGGGCACCCCGCAGUACAUGGAGAACAUGGAGCAGGUGUUUGAACAGUGUCAGCAGUUUGAGGAGAAACGCCUGCGCUUCUUCCGGGAGGUUCUGCUGGAGGUUCAGAAGCACCUAGACCUGUCCGCUGUGGCCAGCUACAAAAAUAUUUACCAAGACCUGGAACAGAAAAUCAAAGCUGCAGACGCGGUGGAGGACCUGAGGUGGUUCAGAGCCAACCACGGGCCCGGCAUGUCCAUGAACUGGCCACAGUUUGAGGAGUGGUCCGCAGACCUGAAUCGAACGCUCAGCAGGAGAGAGAAGAAGAAGGCGGCCGACGGUGUCACCCUGACGGGCAUCAACCAAACAGGUGACCAGUCUCUGCAGAACAAGCACAGCAGCAACCUUAGUGUCCCGAGCAACCCCGCGCAGUCAGCGCAGUCACAGUCCAGCUACAACCCCUUCGAGGACGAGGACGACACAGGGAGCACCGUCAGUGAGAAGGAGGACAUUAAGGCCAAAAAUGUGAGCAGCUACGAGAAGAUCCAGACCUACCCCACGGACUGGUCAGACGAUGAGUCUAACAACCCAUUCUCCUCCAUGGAUGCCAAUGGGGACUCAAACCCAUUUGACGAGGACACCAACUCGGGGUUGGAGGUGCGGGUCCGAGCCCUUUACGACUACGAAGGGCAAGAGCAUGAUGAGCUGAGCUUCAAAGCUGGGGAUGAGCUGACCAAGAUAGAGGACGAGGAUGAGCAGGGCUGGUGCAAAGGCCGCUUGGACAACGGAGACAUUGGUCUGUACCCGGCAAACUAUGUGGAGGCAAUCCAGUGACUGGGGCCAGUGGGCAGGCUGGUGGGGGCUAGAGACGGCUGUUUGCUCCGUUAGCUGCUGGCCCGGGGCAGCGGCACCUCCAGCACCCCCAGCCAGCCGUGUGGGGCGUCCACUCCUUUUCCUGCAAAAGAGGAUGGUUCCGUUGCUCUUGGCUUCACUGUGUCCCUCGAAGGCAUACGAACUGGUCAUUUCAUCUGGGAUGUGGCCCCUUCCCACAGCGCACGGAGAGGCCUGAGCACAGGACCGAGCACAACAGAGAACUAGCCGGGCCCUCUCGCUCGCCCACCGCUGUGCUCCUUGGCUUAUCACGGAUUUGUGUUCUCUACCGUGUCUUUCCUUCUCUCCCCACACCAUUGUGGUCAUCGCUGGUUUCUCCUCCACCGACCACUCUCCGACAAGUCCCACUCCCUCCAACCUGAAUGAACAAACUCACACGCCAUUUUCUGAGUGAAGAUUUUGAGUUUUUUUUUUUUAAUUUAAAGGCUGUGUACAGUUAUACUUUUUUAUAUACCUUGUUCUUCCAUUCAUUCUUAAAUUAUGGCAUAAAUUGAUGUACACCAGUCUGGAUGAAAUGAUCUGUUUCUACGUUGUAUUGUUAAUCGCCCACGCACCGCACGGGUUAAGCUGCGGGAAACGUAGCCCAUUUAGACAGAUGAUGUUUGAGGCAAGAGGCGGAGAAAGAUGGGAACCAUCAGCUUGUGAACGCCCUUCAAGCACGGGGGGCGUCUGAGUGCAUGUCCCGGAAAUAACCUAUGCAGGACAUGUAGAAGUCGCCAUAUUUCAAAACCAUUUUCACUCUCUGCUUGCUUAAACUCGACUCUUUUGCAAAUUAACAAUUCUCUCAGUGAUUUGGAAAGUUAAAAGAAGACCAACUUCAAGCCAUUGUGUCUGUAAGAUAAAGAUGCUUUCUACUAGACUGUCAUGUCUUGUAUAUCUGUAUAUAUUAUUUGAUGUUCAGAGAAUCUAAAGAGCUUGUCUACUGUGUUAAUGAGAGUGAAUGGCUUUUGACGGUGGGUUUACCUAUUUUACGCAAAUAACGCUCACCUACAUUUGUUUGCCAACUGUGCCCUCCCCCCACAAGAUAUUUUUGUAAGCUCACUAGGCUAAAUUUUUUUACAGCCACAUGUAAAAAAAAAUUGGCAUAGCAGUGGUGCUUAUGAAAAUACCUCACCAGGGCAGGGCGCGGUUGGCAAACAUAGAAGGCAUGCAUUAUUUGCGUAAAAAUAUAAUUUGUAAACUGCUUGAAGCCCGUGACCUUGGCGCAUGAGCCUGGCUGGUGGACCAGGCUCUAAGGUGGAGAGAUCAGCUGUAGUGAAAUCCCACCCACUCCGGCCAGCAGCGAGGCCAGCAUUUAAGUAGCCUUAGCCCUUUCCGUAGCAGAACACUGUAAGAACUCCCGUGUCAUCCCAGCAGCUGCAGAUUUCACAGUCAUCGUGUUCUUUGUGAGCAAACAAAGGCCAGGUCUUGUCCACAGCACCAGGGUCUCCCAAGUGUCCUCAGUCCUGCGGGAGCUGAGGUGGGCGGCAGGAAGCUCCAUUGUGAUCACAGCAUGGGGUAGGAAGGGACCCUCUAUUUUGUGUAGCUCAGACCUGGGGAGACGACUGCCGCCAUCACAAGCUAUGCAUCGAUAGCAUUUCCAGUGAGCUUGAUGUCUUGCUUGGAAAGUGAAUGUCUGUAUGUGUUUGUCAUGAAAACUUACCAGCAGAAAUCCUCAUUCUUAUGCUACAGAUUUACCAAAAAUUGUCAAGUCUUUUAAGUUUAGGCAUUUCUUAAACGUAUAGUAUUUUAGAAAAUCAAUAAAACAGUUGAUCUCA